UUGGCACUGCCUGCUGCCUUUGCCUCAGUCAAAUUUGUCCGUCUUCCUUCUUUCUCUUUCCUCUACCUUUCCUUCUUCUUCUUCUUCACCUUCCUUCUCCACAACUAUUCUUUUACCCCAUUUCUUGCAAGUCAUCUUCAAACGCCAACCUUAAAUAAAUCAAAUCUUCUUGUUCCUCCAUUGAAGAUCUCCCCAUCACAAGCUUUUAACAUCCUCCUCUUCCUUGUUUUUCAAGUCAAACCAUGUUGAUGCUUGUGGAUUGCUCCAACUGCAGAACACCAUUGCAGCUUCCUCCUGGAGCUACAUCCAUUCGCUGCGCCCUUUGCCAUGCGGUUACACACGUUGCCCACCCUCGAACCGUCCCUGCACCACCACCAUCUUACUCUUCCUCACAUAACCACUACCAUGUUCCUCCGCCUAAUUACGCGCCGACCGGGGCACCGUCGCCGUACAACCACGCGCCUCCCGCUAAUCCGCCUUCUGUUCAUGGUAGUAAAAGAGCGUUGAUAUGCGGUGUUUCGUAUAGGUACACAAGGCAUGAGCUCAAGGGAUGUGUUAAUGAUGCUAAAUGCAUGAAGUAUUUGUUGGUCAACAAGUUCAACUUCCCUGAGUCCUCCAUUGUUAUGCUUACUGAGGAAGAAACUGAUCCAUAUAGGCGUCCAACAAAACACAAUAUUAGGAUGGCACUUUAUUGGCUUGUGCAAGGUUGUAGGCCAGGGGAUUCUUUGGUAUUUCAUUAUUCAGGUCAUGGGUCACAACAGAGGAAUUACAAUGGAGAUGAGGUGGAUGGGUAUGAUGAAACACUCUGUCCCUUGGACUUUGAGACUCAGGGGAUGAUUGUUGAUGAUGAGAUCAAUGCAACAAUUGUUAGACCCCUUCCUGCUGGUGCUAAACUCCAUGCAAUUAUUGAUGCUUGCCAUAGUGGUACUGUGUUGGAUUUACCAUUUCUCUGCAGGAUGGACAGAACUGGGAGGUAUGUGUGGGAGGACCAUCGCCCUCGAUCAGGAGUAUGGAAAGGAACAAGUGGUGGGGAGGUGAUUUCCUUCAGCGGCUGUGAUGAUGAUCAGACGUCUGCUGACACUUCGGCUCUAUCUAGGAUUACUUCUACUGGUGCCAUGACUUAUUCUUUCAUCCAAGCUAUCGAGCGUGGGCAUGCAACCACAUAUGGAAACAUGCUAAAUGCAAUGCGAACUACCAUCCGCAACACAGAUAAUGAUCUCGGCGGUGGUAUAGUGACAUCCCUUAUCACCAUGCUUUUGACAGGAGGGAGUCUUGGUGGGUUGAGACAGGAACCGCAAUUAACUGCUAAUGAACCAUUUGAUGUGUAUACAAAGACUUUCUCCCUAUAAGUAAUGGACAAGCAUUUGCAUAUUAUGGAUGAUCAUGGUCAAUCAUUAAUUAAGGAUGUCACGUGAGAUGUGUACGGUUUACGGUUAGUCGGGAAAAAUAUUAAUUCAUUUUUUGUACUCAUUCUUGCAUCUUCAGAGUGUUGUAAAUAAUACUUAUACACUACUUUUUAAUUGGA